AUGGACCUUAGUCUGUUGGUCAUUUUGAUUAUCUGCGUGCUGAUAGCAGCAUGGUUCAUCCGAUAUGUUGCAAGCAUAUUCUUUGAAAACAUUGAGCCUUCCGUUACUGAAAAAGCAAAGUUCUUAUCCUCCAACUUAACCGUUUACUACAAGCAUCAGAUUGGAGCCUACAGUGGAACUGCUGCCAUCUGUCAAGAGAUCAAAUCUAUUGUUCCAAGCGAUUGCAUCACUUUCGGAAUUUUCUAUGAUUCGCCUGAAGACGUCAAAGAGCAUCUUCUGCAAUCAGCUGUUGGAGUUAUUUUUUCCAUCGAUGGAAAGAGCUUAUACAGCGACAACUAUGCUCAACAGUUAACUCGCUUAGGAUAUGAAAAGAUGAAUAUUUCGAAAGUUGGCAAGACUGUCCAAGUCAUCCAACGCAACAGAGGAUUCUUAUCGUUCUUUGCCCUCCUCACCAACACAUAUCCCAUUCUGAAGAAAUACAUUGAGACUCACCGACUGGAAACGACUUAUUCCAUGGAGUUUUAUACUUCGGACCACUUCUAUGUUUACUUUCCACUAGAGAAUGCAGAAGAAUUACGAGUUCCUGAGUAUAAAUCUGUUGAAAGAUUAGAAGCUGACAUGGCCAAGAAGUGCUUCGACUCAGAUCUUUCGGACAGCGAAAGCGAACCAGAACAGACGACGGAUAUGGAAGGAAAUUAA